UCUCUCCUCGUUGAGCCAAACCCAAUCGAGUACAGAGUAACCGAUCAGAAGUUGAAAGUCCAAUACGGUUUAAUUUUUGUACCGUAAUUUAAUGUGGGUGCAAACAGUCGCUGGUAGUUGAAGCGGGAUGGGCACCGACUUGACUUUCUCCUCUCGGCGGUCUCCUGUGGUGUGUUUACAUGGCUGUGUGGCCUCCAGCCAGCCGCUGGCUUCAGGUGUAGGACUCGACAUCCUGAAGCGUGGUGGUAAUGCAGCAGAUGCUGCAGUUGCCAUAGCAGCAGCACUAGCAGUAACAGAGCCGUGCAGCACCGGUCCUGGUGGAGACGCCUUCUGCUUGUUUUACAAUGGAAACACUGGAAAGAUCAGAGGAAUUAACGGCAGUGGUCGUACGCCCAGAGCUCAGACUCUGGACUUCAUGGAAGGACGUGGUUACACUGCGGAGGCCCCUCCUUCACCCUCUGAUGCAUUGAAUGUCACAGUACCAGGGGCACCUGCCUGCUGGUGUGAUACCAUACAGAUGUUUGGUAGUCAAAAGCUGUCCUUGCAGGAGGUGCUGAGCGGGGCGGCGGAGCUUGCAGAGGUGGGGUUUCCUGUUGCCGAGGUAACAGCUCACCACUGGGCAAAAUGGGUGUCUGCUCUGAGAGAUGCUGGGAAGGAACUAGGUGGAGAACUGCUGAUUGAUGGUCAUGCGCCCAAAUGUGGACAAGUAUUCAGAAACCCUACCCUUGCCCAGACCCUGAAGGAGCUGGGUGAGCGUGGCAAACCAGCCUUCUACCAGGGCAGAGUGGCCCAAGCCAUCGUCGAUGUCCUCAACCAAAACGGAGAGGUCAUGACCCUGGAGGACCUCAGCAGCCAUGACAGUGAGGUUUUCACCCCCAUAAGCACAGAAUACAAGGGUGUGCGUCUGUGGGAGCCUCCUCCCAACAGUCAGGGAUUGGCUGCCCUCAUGUUACUCAACAUCCUGGAGAACUUCCCUCUCAAAGCUGCAGGCCAUAACAGCUCUGAAUACAUCCACGUGCUGGUGGAAGCUGUGCGCUUGGCACUAUCAGACGCUCUGCAUUACCUGGGUGACCCAGACCAUGUGACCAUACCUCUUGAAUCCUUAUUGGACAAGAGCUACAGCCACCAGCGAGCACAGCGCAUCAGCAUGGACAGGGCCAUAGAAGAAGUGGAGCCUGGUAUGACAACAGGAAGUGACACAGUCUAUUUCUGUGUGAUUGACAGUCAAGGCAAUGCCUGUUCAUUUGUUAACAGCACCUAUAUGGGAUUUGGAAGCGGGCUGGUCCCUAAGGAAUGCGGAUUCUCACUACAGAAUCGUGGUGCCAGCUUUUCUCUGCACCGUAACCAUGUUAACUGUGUUGCUGGAGGAAAGCGUCCAUAUCACACCAUAAUACCUGCACUUCUUACUGACUCUGCAACAAUAUCACAAAAACCCCGACUCCUCGCUGCACUGGGGGUGAUGGGGGCUUUUAUGCAACCUCAAGGACAUGUCCAGGUGUUGUUGAACAUGUUGGAGUUUGGGAUGAAUCCUCAACAAGCUCUGGAUGCACCAAGAGUCUAUAUACAGUAUGACCACACAGCUGAUCAGUGGUUGGUUAAUCUGGAGGAGGGGAUCGGCCAGGAGGUAGCUGAGGAGCUGAGAAGACGUGGCCACAAAGUCAGCUGGCCAGUCACCGGCCACAAGAGGUCUCAGUUUGGGCGGGGACAAAUCAUCACAGUGGGGGAUUGGUGGAACCCAUCUGUCAAUCAAGCUGAUUGUUUAUCCAGGGUGCUGUGGGCGGGAUCAGACCCCAGAGGAGAUGGAUGUGCUCAGGGAUACUAGACAAACAUGACCUCUACAUGUGGAAGGCAGAAUAUAAGUGCUGUUGAAUUUAAUGUUAAUUAUGUUGCUGCCAAAUAUUUCAACUUUUUAAAAUUUACUUUCUUUAAUGAGCACUUGAAUCAUAACACAACAUCUUGUCUUUUCUCAUCAGAUAUCCCUCCACAUCCUCUUUAGCUCAAGCUUUGUUUAUAAGCUAGGGCACAGUUUUGUUUGCUCUUAAAUAUAGAACAACAUUUAAAAAAAAAAUCUUUGUGUGACAUUAAAUGACAUACUUAAGAUGCCCUUCCUCAACCCUGUCUUUUGGUUUAGAUAAUUAUCUGCUUCAAUGUCUUUAAUUAGUUGUUGCUGCUCUGGAAAUGAAUUGUUACAUAUAUAAUCCUCCUUCCUCAAUAAUGACAGCUGCAUCUUUUCUCACAAA